AUGCAACAUCAUAUUCUAGUUUCUCCUACUAGGAUUCCUCUUUAGGGUAAGCCCUUUAGUUCUAAAAAUGCUUUGAUCUCUCCUCAACGUUUUCCUAAUAGAAAAAUUUCUCAAGGACUAAUAGAAGAUUUUGUUGUUAAAUCAAACUAUAUGACAAAAACUAAUAAUGGCAGUUUGACAGAAAGAGUUAAUAGCUUAUAAAAAUCGUAAAAAUCUAUAUCAAAAGACAGGGUUGGAUCUAAUAUUAAGUAACUCAGAAUACCUACUGAUAAUUUUUUUCAAUUAACUAGAGGAGUUAAUCUGCUUUUAACUCAGAAAAAUAAAAACCCUCAAAAUUAAAAGACUUAAUAGUUAAAACCAGCUUUAGGGUCUAUGACAAGAAGAAAUAGCAUGGAAGAACUGAUUUCUUCAUCAAACUACACCGGGAUUGCAAAAUCUUCUUCUCAAGACAAAAUCACUACCUAAGAAAUAUCAAUUAAUCUUCAUAUAGGACAGGAUUAAGUUUAAAAUUAUAGAUUUGCCUCAAAUAUAUCUACUGAUAAAUUAAUUAGUAUGCUAAAAUUAAAAGUUAAUAAUAAUGAAAUAAUUGCUUUCUAAUCUUUAGAUGAUAAUAUAUAACUUGACUAUUUAUUGUCAUUACCAAACUUAUCCAUGGAAUCCUUUGUAAAUAAAACCAUUAGAUUAAAGCCUAUAAUAAAUAAAAUUCAAAAUAGAAUCAAUUUAAAUUCAUUUUAAUUUAUAUCAGUAAUUGGAAGAGGAGGAUUUUCAACUGUAGUACUAGCAAGAUCAUUAAUAAAUGGUUAAUUUGUAGCGCUGAAAUUAAUUAAUAAACAAUUUAUUUAAUAACAUUAAAAGUAGGAUUUAAUCUAAAAUGAAAGAGAUAUUUUAAUAUAAACAACUUAUAGAGGGGCCAUUUUCACAAAUCGAAUAGAGUAUGCAUUUGAAACAAAAAAUUGGAUAGUUUUUUGUAUAGAUUAUUGUCCUGGUGGUGAAAUGUUCAACCUUAUUAAAAAGUCAUAAAAAUUAUCAGAAUAAUAGGCAAGAUUUUAUAUAAUAGAAGUUAUUUUGGCUAUUGGAUUUUUGCAUAAUGAACAGAUUAUUUAUAGGGAUAUAAAGCCUGAAAAUAUUUUAAUUGAUUCAACAGGUCAUAUUUAACUAGCUGACUUUGGUUUAGCUAGACCUAAUAUGAAUAAAGAUAGUUGUGCUUAUUCUUUCUGCGGUUCACCUGAAUAUAUGGCACCUGAAAUGUUUUAGAACUCUGGACAUACUUAAUUAGUAGAUUAUUACUGUUUAGGAUGUCUAUUAUAUGAAUUUGUCACAGGUCUACCACCAUUUUAUGCUGAUGAUAAAAAUAUUAUAUACAAAAGACUACUUAAAGAAUAGGUAGAAUUCCCAGAAUAUUUAAGUUCAGAUAUUAAAGAUUUGAUAAGACAAUUAAUGAUCAAAGAUCCUUCUAAGAGAUUAGGAGCCAAGAAUGGAAUUGAUGAGAUACUUUAACAUAGAUGGUUUAAAAAUAUAGAUAUAAUUUAAUUUAUAAAUAAGAGUGUCAAACCACCUUAUAUACCAGAUCUACAAAAGUUAAACUUAAAAUCAGUGAAUUAAAAUGAUUAAUAAUUUUUGGAAUAGAUUUAAAGAGAAUAAAAACUGAAUGCAUCAUUCUAAUCAAUAUUUUCUUGCUAAUUUUAUUUUUCAAAAAGUGGAGAUAAAGACAAAAAUAUAUAAUUAGCUAAAUCUACCUUAGAAAACCUUGUUAAAAAAACUUAAUACAAUAAAUAAGGCUUAAUGAAUCUUUAGUUACAAACUAAUUUUGAAAAUCUUCUUAAAUAAACAUUUACUAAUAACAAAUCCAAACCUGACUCUAAAAAUAAGUAGUAACUUUAUUUUUGA